CCAUGUCAUCAUCGCCGUGGCGGCCCUUCCGCUCAAACAGCGGAAAUACUGUACGCACAGUGAUCGGAUAAGCUCUCCUAUCUCUGGCAACGGGGGAGACGGAGAAAUCAGAGCUGGCAAUGGAGUCUACGCUAAUCACGAGAUUAUCCCCCCUCCUCCCCUCUCCCUCCAAGUCCAGCCCCCUCUCCUCACCCCCCCUCGCCGGAGCGCGCCGCAUCGCCUCCAUUUCCUUCUCUUCCGUCAGCGUGUGUGGCGUCUUGCGUCCCCGCGGCGGCGUUACCUCGUCGGUCACCGCCGCAGCAGCGGCGCUCGGCGAGGCGGCAGAGCCCGGGUCUGAGGCCAUAUUGCUCGGUGUUCAGGGCAUGAUGUGCGACGGGUGCGCUGCGAGUGUGAAGCGGAUUCUCGAGAGUCAACCUGAGGUUACUUCUGCUACAGUUGAUUAUAAGGAAGCAAGGGCUGUCGUGUGGACAACUCCUGAUGUCAAGGUGGCAGAAGAUUGGCAGAAACAAUGUGGAGAGAAACUUGCAAGUCAUCUUGGUACUUGUGGAUUUGAGUCUCGCCCACAAGGGUAAGGUGAAGCCUGAUAAAGUCAACUCUGAGUCGUAACUGCUGCCGCAGAUGAGCUAUAAGCCCAUGAUGUUAACCAGCAGAGGGUACCUGAUGCUCCAUAUUUGUGUGACUCAGUGUGAGCGUCUGUGAAAGUUGUCCUCUAGAGUUCUGGAAGUGAGAUUAUUAUGUUCAUGUUCUUAUCUCUAGUGUAUAAGCAAUGUAGCUUGCCUUGCUUGUGAACUUCAACUGGAACAUUCCAUCAAACAAAUUGCAAGUGUCAUUACUACUCCCUCCAUUCACAAAUAUAAGAUGUUUUUUUA